AUGUCUGCCGCCACCUGCACCUUCACCUACUCGGCCUGCACCCCUGCCGCCCCGCACUUGACGCUGUCUCUCACGGCGAGCGCGACGCAGCAGGGUGGCCACCAAUUCCACCCCAUCCACAACGCUCAAGUGCUCAUUCAGAAGCCGAUCGCGCCGCCGCUCCCCGCCACUGACACUGAUAUGGAUGAGUUGUCCGAUCACCUCGCAAGCACCACGCUCGACGCGCACCCGACCAAGGCGUCCGUGCACGUCGCUCGCCGCCGCCAGCGCGCGGCGUGCCGUAUCGAGGUGCAGCCCUUCCCGUGGCGCGCAGUGCACGGCGCCAGCAAGCUCCCGCGGCUCCAGCGGGUGGCGACUAAGCCCAAGGGCGCGCCGGUCAAGCUUCGAGGCUCUAGGCCUCUGCGCCGCCACGAGACCUUCAUCGUCGCGGAGCCGGUCAUGGUGUAUGAGUAUGUCUAA